UGCAAUCCUACAAUAGGAACCAAUUUUUCAGAUUUCGUAAACAUAACAGCACAAUUAACACAAUCAGGUUUUAGUAAUAAGAUUUUAACGAUUACAGCAGGCCAAUAUCCUCCUGCAAAUAUGAACUUCGAAAACAUUAAUUUUGUAAAUAUUCAGGCAUUUCGUCUUAAUGUAGAUACUUCGUAUGCAAGUGCUGGAAUAGACCAAAUUAAGACAAUCCGGGCCUCUUGGAAUUCUGCCGGUUUAGAAGAUCAAAAGUUAGUUUUAGGCGUUGAAUUUGGUGGCAUUGCCGAAGUUGUUACUUCCGAUAAUAUUAGGGCAGAUAUUGUGAAUCAACAACUUCACGUAACAAAUGGCGCAAAAUUCACUUUUAAUUCUGAACCGAUUCCAGAUCAAUGUAAAAAUGCAACAUAUGGAUAUUUGACAUGGACAAAUUUAAAUUUAAGUAGCUCAUCAUGUACUACAAAUCUAAUUCCAUCGUCACCAUGGCUCUAUGACUUUUUAAAUAAUUCGAAACUGCCAUACCUUUACCAACAAUAUUCUUCAAAAUUCUACUUUGUCGUUUUUUAUGAAAAUUAUCAAUCGUUAAAUGCCAAAAUCGACUUUGUAAAUAGUAAUAAUCUAGCAGGAAUUGCUAUUGCCGAUAUCACCAAAGAUUCGAAUGAUUUACAAUUGACAAACUUCAUUUUAGGAACUCCACCACAACCUACUCUGUAUAAUGGAACAAUUUCAAACAAUACCUCACCGUCUGCACCUACAUCAUCUACGCCUAGGUCAUCGUCCAAUAAUACAGGUGCAAUAGUGGGUGGUGUGAUAGGUUCCAUUGCUUUUGUUGCCAUAGUAGCGGUAGCUGGCUUUAUGCUAUAUAAAAAAAGAAGAUACAAUGUAAGAGGUACAGGAGGUACUACAAAAGCUGUAGGAACUGUAGAGGCGAUGUUUGAUUAUGUAGGAAAAGAAGCAAGUGAUUUGAGUUUUAGAGCAGGGGAUAAGAUUGAAGUACUUGAGAGAGGAGAUGGUCCUAAUGAUUGGUGGGUGGGUAGAUUAUAUGAUCGUGUAGGUGAAUUUCCUGGUGAGUAG